CGCAGAGAGAUCAGAAGUCACUGGCCAGUUGGAGAGAGUGUGACAAUAUGCAGGCAGACUCCAUCCUACACAGCGGCUAUUUCCACCCUGUGCUCCGGGCCUGGCAGAGCACUGCUACCAGUCUAGAUGCCAACAACCUCAUGUACCCCAUCUUUAUCACGGAUAACUCGGAUGCUGUUGAGGACAUUCCCAGCUUGCCAGGCCAAGCCAGGUAUGGGGUAAACCAGUUGGAUGUCUUGCUGCGCCCUCUGGUGGACAAUGGGCUGAAGUGCGUGCUGAUCUUCGGGGUCCCAAGCAGAGUCACUAAGGAUGACCGUGGCUCCGCAGCAGACGCAGACGACACGCCGGCCAUAUUGGCCAUACGGAGGAUUCGGGAAAAGUUCCCCCAGCUGCUCGUUGCAUGUGAUGUUUGCCUUUGUCCCUAUACAUCUCAUGGGCACUGUGGGAUUCUACGAGAAGAUGGCAGCAUACAGAAUGAGAGCAGCUGCCAGAGAUUAGCAGAAGUGGCCCUUGCUUAUGCCCGUGCAGGCUGUCACAUCGUUGCACCUUCAGACAUGAUGGAUGGACGAAUUGGCGCCAUAAAGCAGGCUCUGAUCUCCAAUGACCUGGGAAACAAGGUGUCCGUCAUGAGUUACAGCGCCAAAUUCGCCUCCUGCUUUUAUGGGCCGUUUAGGGACGCCGCGCAGUCCAAACCCGCCUUUGGUGAUCGUAAAUGUUACCAACUUCCACCUGGUGCCAGGGGCCUCGCCCUCCGGUCAGUGGACCGGGAUGUGCGUGAAGGGGCAGACAUGCUGAUGGUGAAGCCGGGGAUGCCAUAUUUGGAUCUGGUCAGAGACGUCAAGGACAAGCACCCUGCUCUCCCAUUGGCUGUGUACCAUGUGUCUGGAGAAUAUGCCAUGUUGUGGCACGGGGCGCAGGCUAAUGCUUUUGACCUUAAGGUAGCCGUACUGGAAGCGAUGACUGGAUUCCGGAGAGCCGGAGCGGAUAUCAUCAUCACCUACUACACCCCCCAGCUCCUCAACUGGAUAAAGGAAAGAUAAACCUGCUUCCCAAAUAACCCCCUCUUCCCACCCCCCGAAAAAAGCCAUAUUCAAUAAAUAACCAUAUGUUGGUACCCCCAGGUGGGCCUGGGAAAAAAGACAUGCAUGUUGAUGAAGCUUCUGACCUCCUGUUUGUGUAUACCUCUGUACAGCGCCGGGGCAGUGUAUUUGGGCCGAUUCCUCACUGCACAGACUUCCAACAACCCCACUGACCCAGCCCAGAAUCUCACUGCCACAGGCCAACAAUUCAUUUCUAUGUCACACAGUUGGAUCUAAUCUCUGGACCUUUUAUAAAGCCACCUGCACAGCAGUCCUAUGUACUGUGUUUUAAUGAGAACAAAUACAAAUAAACCCAGUUGUCUUUA